AUGCUACCUUCUUCAGUUCUUCUCAUGGAUAAGGCGAAUGAGGUCAAUUAUGAUGAGAAAGCUAGAAGGGGAAGUUACCAAUUGUCAAAUCUGGAAGAACUUAGUCACAAUUCCAAGGGUCUUAAAAAGGACACAAUUUGUUCUUCAAUUUCUGCAUCCACGUCUAACCCAACAAAUGCUCAACUUAUGAGGUACAUUGUUCUAUUGGAAGAGCGACUUGCUUCUCUUGAGGGUGAGAAACAAUCUCCUACGCCUAAUGUGGAAGAAGAGGGUGGUGAGGAGGGUGAUGAGGAUUUGGAUUUUAGUUUAGGAACAGGUUAUCAGGAACAAGAAGUUCAAUUGGAGACACCUACAGCUACUCAAUCAGAGACAUCGCAGCAUCAUGUGUCUGAAACUAGUCAGGAGGAGCCUGUUACAACUCAAUUACAUGAUUCAGGUCAAAUUACUCAAAGAGCUAAGAAAGGUAGAGGUGCUGCUUGUGGUAUGCCUGAGUGGGGAACUGGAAAACUAAUUCAUAUUGAGUUUGAUGCUAACUGGAUGCCUAUUAGUGAAAAUGGGAAGGGAUUUAGUUCACAACUUGGAAUUUUGGCGCGAGAUGGAGAGAAGGUUCCUCUAACAUAUACUUCAUGGAAUGCCAUGCCAGACGAUAUUUUGGAUGCCAUUUGGAAAGAUGUCAAGGAUAAUACGGAUGUUCCGGAUGAGUAUAAACAACAUUGCUUAAAGGUUGUUGGUAGUAGAUGGAGGGACUGGAAGUGCCGAGUCAAGACACAAUGGUAUGAUAAAUAUGAAACGGAUGAGCAGCGAUUAACAUUCAUUCCUAGUCAGGUUGUUGGAGAGCAAUGGAAGAUAUUAGUAAAGUAUUGGGGUCUUCCGCAAAUAAAGGAAAUGUGUGAGACAAAUAAAUCUAGCCGUGCACAAGGAGGAGGUGUCCCUCAUAGGACCGGUCGAAAAUCUUUUGCUAGACUACGAAAAGAGAUGAUGGAGAAUGGAGAGAAAACAGAUCGUGUCAGCAUGUUUGUCAAAACAAGAGCAAUGAAAACAAAGGAUGAUGAUGGUCAACCAAUUGAAAUUCAUGAUGAGGAGGCUACUGCUGUUAUUAGUCAAUUCAAUGAAUAUUUGGAGGAGAGGCCAGAAGAUGAACAAGAUAAUACUUUUCGUGAAGAGGUAUUCACUAAAGUGAUGGGAGAAGAUGCACAUGGACGUGUUCGCAUGUAUGGAACAGGUGUGACUCCAUCUCAAGUGUUUGGUAAUUCCAAAGCUUAUGAGACUAAUGAGAAAAGGACAAUUGAGGAAAUGGAUAGAAAAUACGAGGAAAUGGAAAAGAACUAUCAGACAAAGCUAGAUGAUCUUAAAUUGAGCCAUGAAUCUCAAUUGGGAGACAUGAAAUUAAAGUACGAUGAUGUAUCGAAUCGUCUCAAUCUUUUGAUGGCUCAUGUUGGUAUCCAAGUAAACCCAAGUGGAAGUACAAGUGAACAAGUUGGAGAAAUAUCUAGGAGUUGAUGCUGGAAGUACAAGAUGUUAAUAAAUUUUACAAUUAGCAUGCUACUCUAAACUAGAUCAUUUUGUUUAGUAUUUUGACUACUACUGUAUUUGCAGCGACAUUUUAGUUUGUAUGACUCAAGGCAUUUGUUAUACAAUUAUUAUAUAGAUUACUCUUUUGUAUCAUUUCAACUG